AUGACGAAAGGCUGCCCCGGUUGCAACCGCGAGAUCAAGGACUCUCAGACCUACUGCGUCUAUGGAUGCAGCCAAGAUGCCUACCAUGAACAGCGAGAAGCUGACCGCGAAGCCGAGCGUGAAAGAGAACGCGAGCAGGAGCGGCAAAGGUCGCAACCGCUUGUUGUUGUCAAUGUGAGCGGCGGGGGAAGUCAGCAGAGCACUGAGACUAGCCGGGAUAGUGAGGCCAGUCGUCGUUACUACUAA